AUGAUGUCUAGCACAAAUAUCCUAACGAGCCUCUUCUUGCUGCCGACUCUUGCUCGAGUUGCUUCCUCAGCAAUUACCAAGAGAGCCACAGCUUGCAACAAUUCUCCGGACCUGUGCAGCAAAGCGUACAAUAAUGUGACCUAUCUCGGCGCUCACAACUCGCCUUUCCUACGCGAUACAUCCACUGGUAAUUCAGAAAGUGGAAAUCAGUUCUACAACUCCACUGUUCAGCUCAGUGCUGGUGUCAGAUUGUUGACUGGCCAAGUUCACAACAACAAUGGCUCAUUACACAUGUGUCACACAAGCUGUACUCUUCUCGAUGCUGGACUGCUGAGUGAUUGGCUUUCGGAGAUCAAGACGUGGAUGGAUGGAAACCCAAAUGAGGUCGUAACUGUCCUUCUCGUCAACUCUGAUGACACAUCUGCCUCGGACCUGGCAAGCGCCUAUACCACUGCCGGAAUCGCAUCUUACGCAUACACUCCCACAUCAACCACGGCUCCAACCGAGUGGCCCACCCUGCAAACCCUCAUCAAUGAUGGAAAACGUCUGCUCAACUUCGUCGCUAGUCUCAGCGACAACUCCGCUGCGCCUUACCUUAUGGACGAGUUUGCCUAUAUUUUCGAAAACAACUACGACAAUACAUCUCCAUCCAACUUUUCCUGCGCAGCCAACCGACCCUCUACUGUCACCACAAGCUCUGCUCUGCAGCAGAACUUGAUGCCACUCAUGAACCACUUCCUCUAUGAAACCACAGAUCUCUUUGGAACCACCAUUGAGUCUCCCGACCUUGGUAACAUCAGCACCACGAACUCUGCAUCGGGCGGUACUGGUGCUUUGGGAACCUCUGCGACCGAGUGCACCACCACUUAUGGCCGGGCCCCAACAUAUCUUCUGGUCGACUUUUUCAAUGUAGGCCCGGCCAUCGAGACUGCAGACAGGCUGAAUGGUGUCACCAAUGCUGUUGGCAGGACGAACGUGAGCACUGCUGCCUCGGCUCCAGCCAGUUCCGGCUCUACUCGCAGCGGACUCUCAACUUUCUCUUUGGUUACGGCAUUGAUCGUCACCUUCGUAUUGAUUGCAUAG